UAUUAAACACUCGUCAGUCGCCGUACCGUCAAGGUCUGCCAGUCGCAAUCGAAAUAUAUACUCUUCAAAUCAAGAAUUUCCCCUGUCAGUGAAAAUGGUGUCCAGUGUAAAGCUCUUCUUGGCCCUGACCAUCUUGGCCACUCUGGCCUGCACGGGCUAUGCCAUCAAGUGCUACCAGUGCGAGUCGGUGACCAAUCCCAAGUGUGGCGAAAAGUUCGAGUCGGACGACAGUCUGCUGCUGGACUGCGGCAAGAUUGCCCCGCCACGCUUCCUGCAGAGCUUCUUCCCCGUCCGCAAUGCCACCGGUUGCAUGAAGAAGCUCAUUGAUACGGUUCCCGGACACCCGCAGGUGGUGCGCAGCUGCUACUUCGGGGACAUUAGCAACACCCAGACGGGUUGCACCUCGGACCCCUCCCUGCCCUUCGCCAAGCAGCUGAGCUGCGAUGUCUGCACCAAGGACGAGUGCAACGGAUCUGCCACCAUCGCCCCCAUUGCCGGAGCCAUUCUGCUCUUUUUUGGCGUGGCUCGCCUGCUGGCCUAAGAGACCGGAGAGCCGCUCUCUCUUUCCAUAUCCGUAGUAGAUGUUGUGCGCUUUUUUUGUUGAAAGCUUGUAAUGGAUCCGCUUGAAUCUUUAUCUUGAAUCUGAAUCUGGAUUUAUUGUUGUACACUCGUCGAACAUUUUUUGUCCACACUCGAAUCGCUUUAUUUAUUUAGAAUAAAAAUUUUGUUAAUCGUA